GACGGUCACCACCGUCGUCUUCGCGCCUUUGACUUCCCACCAGUUUCAAGCGCGCGCCCCUCCCCCUAUCCCGCUUCCAUGCCGGCCAUUCCCGCUCUUGCUCCCUCUCUCUCUUGCUCGAUUUUUUUUCGUUCGGGCUCCCUCUGGCUCUCGCUAUUGUUUGAUUUAUUUUCGUUCAGGUGGAACAGUAAUCCCAAUUCAGAUUGCUUAGAACCCUCGAUUGCUGAAAAACCAGUAGACCGUUAAUUCGCCCCUGCAGAGCGUCUGCCCUUAAUCCUGAUUUCCGGCCGUUUCGAUCCGGUCGCCAUGGUUAACCAACCCCGAUGUUACUGGAGAAUGCUAAUUUCACUCUGCGACGCGUUCCAUUCCUUUUGGGUUGAACUUAAACCCUAAUUGUCCGCAUCGUCCAGUGGAGUGCCGAUGGACUCCAUUAUAUCAGCGGCUCUAGAGGUGAUCUGUACGGAAGGUUCUGCUGGAUGCUCGAUCGCUGACCUGUGGCGAGGCCUGGAGCCGGCUAUUGCUAGCUCCGGCCUCCAUCUGUCUGAUGGAGUGAAGGACGCCGUCUGGAAGCGGCUACUGGUCGUUCCUGGGAUCGAGUUGCGGGAGAAGGCGUUGACGGUCUCUUCUCGCGGCCUCUCGGUGGAGGCAGCGGAAGGAAGUGGUGUUAGGAUUGUCGCGCCGGAGCAUAUGAGGGAUGCUUGCUUGGGGAUAUACGAUUUGAAGUCAUCAGAUGCGGCGAUUUCUCAGGUGCAGCGACGGGUGCUUGAGCGUCUGGCGAAGUCCAGAACAACUGGCGUGACACAAAAUGAAUUAGCUAAGGAGUUCAACGUUUCGGGCAAUAAACUCUUUUAUAUAGUAAAGAAUCUUGAGUGUCGGGGUUUGCUAGUGAGGCAAUCUGCUACAGUAAGAAUGAAAGAAUGUGGCCGGGAGCUAGAUGCAGGGAACAAGAUUGAUUCAAUAGUAAAUACAAAUUUGGUACAUCUAUCUCGCUAUGCAAAGAACUUGAACUUGAGAUUUCAACAAAGAUUUGAAAUAAAGAAAGAGAACGCUGUUGAUAAUAUCUGCUCUGAUAGUGGGAAUACACUAAUUAGCGCUGAUUGCAUUAAAGAAGACAGGCUUGUAAAGGAUUAUCUACCUGCCAUGAGAAAUAUUUGCAGUAAACUCGAUGAAGCCAGUAACAAGGUACUUGUUGUCUCAGACAUCAAAAAAGAGCUUGGUUACCUGAAAACAACUGGACAUCGAGCAUGGAGGGCUGUAUUGAAAAGGUUGAAAGAAGCUCACCUUGUUGAAGAAUUCUCUGCAGAAGUUAACAAAAAGGUAGUUUCCUGUUUGCGGUUGGUGAAAAAAUUUGAUCCAAAGAAUCUCCAGCAAAAAUAUGCUGCUCAAGGAUGUGAAGAUUCAGAUGGAGAUCAAAUCAAAUGUGCGAAGCGAGGUCAGAUGACUGACCAGCUUCUAGAGUUACCUAUUGAUCGACAAAUAUAUGAUGUGAUUGAUUCUGCAGGAUCAAAUGGCAUAACUGUCCAAGAGGUGUGUAAAAAGCUUGGGAUCAACAGUAAGAAGAACUACCACCGCUUCACAAAUAUGGUUCCAAGGUUUGGUUUGCACCUCCAACCAGAAAGCUACAAAAGGUCUAUGAUAUAUCGUUUCUGGACAUCAAGGAAUUUCAAUACUGCAUCACAAAAUUUCAAACACGAAAAAGAUGGUCAUGGUGGAGAGAUGGCCCCAGCUGUGGAUGGAUGCUUGUCUUCCAGGAUCCAUGAAUCAGUUCAUAAAUGUGAUGACAUUCAGGGUAAAAGUCAAGAACUGAUUCAAGUUGGAAGUCUGGAGGACCAACUUGAUGAUACUAAUACCCAUGAUGUUAUGGAUGAGCCUGAUACUGGAGCAACUGGAAUCAUGGUAAAAUCGAGGAUUGGUCACAAUUCAUCAAGGCUUCAAGCUGGUCAUGGGCCCCCAAGGCUUGCUUUGGCUGCAGAGAAUGCCCAAAGGGAACAAAGGAUACUCGAAAGAUUGAAGGAGGAGAAGUUUCUAAUAAUUAGUGAGCUUCAUAGGUGGCUUGAGGACAUAGAGGAGAAACCAACCAUGCUGGCUAGAAAAACCUUAACUCGAGUAUUGGGAAAGCUUCAAGAAGAAGGUCAAUGUAAAUGCAUUUCAGUCAGUGUGCCUGCUGUUACUAACUGUGGGCAUAGUCGUGUGACCGAAGUCAUUUUACACCCAUCUGUUAAUAUGAAACAACCAGACCUUCUGGUCAAAAUUCAUGAAAGGCUAAGGAAUUUUGAUAUGGAAACUCGUGGGCAAGGAGUGGCUCGCUCGAAAAAAGAGAAAUCUGUUCCAAUAUUGACUGGUGUCAAAAGGACACAGUUUCCCACUUCAUCAGAUUCUCCAGUUGCUCUUUUGGAAUCCAUGCAUGCUAAUGGGUACAUUCCUGCCAAGAUGGUCAGGGUGAAGCUAUUCCACACCUUUUUGUGGGGAUACAUUACCAGUUUACCUGACUGGCAAACCAAUGAUGCUUUUGGAGAAGAUAGUUCUGAACUUAAAAGUUCUCAAAGCUCAGUCUUUCUGUUUUCUCUUGAUGCUGCUACCAAAGCAAUGCCAGUUGAACUGUUUUUACAAGUUGUUGGAUCUACGAAAAGGUUUGAGGAGCUAGUUGAAAGUUGCAAGCACAGGCUUCGCCUCUGUGAGCUUCCAAUGGAGGAGUUUAAGGGCCUCAUGUCUACACAAGCAACUGGGAGACUUUCAAAUCUUGUUGACAUUCUACGUAGAUUAAGGCUGCUUAGAUUAGUGAACCAAGGACAUGAUGAAGUGAAUUCAGCUCCACAUGCCGUCCUUAAAUAUGCUAUGGAGCUUAAGCCUUAUAUUGAAGAGCCUUUACAAAGAUCAAGACCACGUUUAAACAUUGAGCAUUGUGAUCUUAAACCAAAAUUCCGCCAUGAUUUUGGUUUUUCUAGUGGAGAGGCUGUGGAUGCAUAUUGGAAAACCUUGGAAUAUUGUUAUUCUGCAGCAGAUCCAACGGCUGCUGGAUAUGCUUUCCCUGGUUCAGCUGUUCCAGAAGCUUUUAAUUAUAGAUCAUGGUCUUCAGUUCGGGUUAUGACCUCUGAGCAACGUGCAGAACUGCUCAAGCGUAUUUCAAAUGAUGAGCCUGAAAAAAGAAUUCCUUUUAAAGACUGUGUUAAGAUAGCAAGGGAUUUGAAUCUUACCCUGGAACAGGUUCUUCGGGUAUCAUAUGACAAGAAUAGAAGGUUAUCUCUCCAGAAGUCACGGAAAGAGUCAAUGUUGACUGAUCAACAUGGUAAUCAUCAGCGAUUAGCUUCUUGCAAAAGGAAGAGAGACUCAGAGUAUGAUAGUUCAUUGAUGGAUGAAAAUAAACCUGAUAUUGGUGAAAAAGAUUUGGCAGUUGGCUCUUCAUUGCAAGAAAAUUAUGAUACAAACAAGGAUCAUAAAGACAUCUUUCAUUCUCCCUUGCAAGUUUCUGAUGCUCAGCUGGAUGCAACUGCCAAUAGUCAUGGUAAUAUUGCUGAAGAAUCUUUAUUGAAAGAGGAAGUUGAUGAUGUUAAUAGUUUUAUUAGUCAAUUUGCUUUUUCAAAAGUAAGGCCUACUCGUCAAAGGAAGUUUAAAUGGACUCAAAAAGCUGAUAGGCAGCUGUUAAUGCAAUAUGCAAGAUACCGUGCCGCUCAAGGUGCAAAGUUUCAUCGUGUGGACUGGGCCUCUCUUCCUGACCUCCCGGCACCUGCAGAUAGUUGCAGGCGCAGAAUUGCCUUGUUGAAGAGUGAUUCGAGUGUUCGAAGGGCUAUCAUGAAUCUGUGCAACCUGCUGGGUGAGCGCUAUGCUGAACACAUAAAGGAACUAGAGGAAAGACAAAUUUCCAUGUUGGCUGAUCCUUCGUUUAUCCAUCAAAAUUCAUCUUCAUUUGUGGCUUCUGGGGUAAGCUCUUCAUGUGAUUUGGAAAAUACAGACAUGAAUCCUGGUAAGCCUUGUUGGGAUGAUAUUGAAGACCCGUGUAUUGUAGUGGCUAUUGAUGAGGUGCUAAGGUGCAAGCCGAGGAAUAAACAUGCUGUUAAAGGAGCCGGAUUACGAACCCAGAGGGAGUUAUUCCAUGUUCCUCAACCUGUUCAAGGUUUAGAUAUUUUCGAGCAGGGAGGUGCUCACGUUUCUAAUGAUGUCAACAAUUUUAACUCCAAUCCCACAGAAAAUGGAAGUGCUUCUCUUCGCUUCCAGGACAUUCAGGUUGAAGAUUCACAUUCUUUGUCUCCCAUUCCUGGAGAAGGAAAUCAUUCUACUGGGGACGGACGUCAAGCAUAUUUAUCUACACCUGGAAAGAGCAAAUCCAAUAAUCUUCGGCAACGAGGAAAAUUUCUUAAACUUCUGCAGAAUAGGGGCCAUAGUGUCAAGAAGAUAGUUCGAAAAUCUUUGGCAGUUGCCAAUGCUGUAGAGCUUAUCAAACUUGUCUUCCUGAACUCAUCUGCUACCACCGAGGUGCCCAAGUUGCUUGCAGAGACUUUACGGCGUUAUAAUGAGCAUGACAUAUUUGCAGCAUUCAAUUACCUUCAAGCAAAAAAGUUUGUGGUUGUGGGGCGUGGAAGUCAACCCUUUGUUCUCACGCCAAAAUUCUUUGAAAGUGCAUCCUCUUCUCCCUUCCCAGUUGGCACUGGAUUAAGAUUUGAGAAAUUUUCCAAAUGGCUAUGUGAAAGAAAAAGAGAUUUGAUGGGGGAUGGUGUCUGCCUAGGCGCUGAUUUACACUGUGGUGACAUGUUUCAUCUUUUUGCUUUAGUUUCAUCAGGAGAAAUGCUCAUCUCUCCGUGCCUGCCCUUAGAGGGUGUAGGAGAUGUUGAUAGUCAGGUUGGUUUAAAGCGCAAGAUUGACAGAGACAGAUUAAACAAUUCUUAUCAAGUGAAAAAGAUUAAGUUGAAAUCCAUAAAUGAUGGUGAACUUUCUUCCCGCAGAGAGAAAGGCUUCCCUGGUAUUCAGCUGUCUUUAACUUAUGCAACUGUAUCAGAAUAUGAAGCCCUAGGUUUGGAACUGAAUUACACACAAAUCUCCGUGUCAUGCACUGGGAAUAGCAACGUGAACACCUCUUCUCAAGUUGAUUCUCUCUGUGAAGUUAGCAGUUUAAGCUCAUGUUCUGGUGAAACUACUCAUUCUGCUUCUAGUUCAUCCAAUGAGCCAUCAUGGGAGUCCAUGUGUAUUUUUGCUCGACAUUAUUCAUCCAUGGGUUACUCUUUAAGGGAGGAUAUUUUAUGUCCUGAUUUGUUUAAAACUGCUUAUUUUGCUAUUUAUAAAGCUGCCGACCAAGGGCUGACUGUGGUAGAAAUAGGUUUAGCAUUGGAUAUGGAAGGCACAAAGAUUACUGAACUCACAGUGGAUGUGCUAAGGAAGUUUGGUUUGGUUGUAAAGGUAAAUGCUUUUGAUCAUUUCCGGGUUGUUGCUACUUGUUAUGGUGUGAAAUAUUCUCUUGGCACCCCUUCUGCUGCCCAUGAAGCACAUCUUUUACACAUGGUGAGAAACAAUGAAGGUUUUCUUAUAUCUAAAGAAAAUGAUGGUGAUGUACACUGUGUUGAGAAUUUGCCUAGUGUGGACCUUUCUGAAGGACAUAGAGUGACCAUUUUGCAUGGAUCUGACAUUGCUGUACCAAUGUAUGAUAGUGCUCAAGCAAACAGAGAGCUUGCAGUUGUCAACUCUCAUGUUGGGAAGCCUCCUUCCUCUCAGAGAUCUGACAGUCAUAAAGAAUGUCAUGACAAGUUUGACGAGUUGGGAAGUUUUCAGCCCAUAUUGCCAUGGUUGAAUGGUGAUGGUGGAAAAAAUCCCGUCAUGUGUGAUGCAUUGACACGGCGAAUUCUCGGAGUUGUGAUGCAAAACCCUGGGAUUUUAGAGGAUGAUCUUAUCGGUCAGAUGGAUGUCUUGAACCCACAAAGCUGCAGAAAACUGUUGGAAUCGCUGGUUCUAGAUAACCACCUAAUUGUCAGAAGUAUGCAUCAGACGACAUCUGAUUCACUUCCAUCCAUUCUGGAAGCUGCUUUUGGAACUAAAUCUAAGGAACCAGAGUCCGUCUACAGAAGGCACUUGUUUGCUAAUCCCACGAGUGCGUACCUACUGUAAUUAGUCGCUGCAUUCAUUUGAUGGCGCGAUCUGUUAGGCCCAUCCAACGCUGUAAAUAUCUUCCUCUCUUCUUGUAUUGAAAGUAUAAUCAGAACUUGUAAUAGGCCAGAAUUGCAGAUGUGUACUGCAUUGUAUAUAUGUGUAUGCGUGUGCGUGUGGAGGUGUGUUGAGAUAAUUAUCGUAUGAAGCAGGGCUGCCUCCCUCUGUCUGCAAAAUUGUAUUGCAAUUGAUGCAUCGGUUAUCCUCCGCUAGUUGGGAUCUGACGAGAACUUGUCCAGCUGCAUGUACAAGCUCUUUGAAAUUUAAUGCUCUUGACAUUUGAUCAUGUAAAA